AUGAUUUUAAGUCCUUUUUUGCCUAUAAAAUUUUAUCCAAAUUUAUAUUCUUCUAUAAGACGGAUAAGGAGCUUACGACCACUUAUUAAAAUAGGCAAAGAUAGAUUUCAAAUCAGCAUAGAUGUACAUCAGUUCAAAAGGGAGGAAAUUUGUGUAAAAGCUGUUCCAGAAUACGUAAUUAUAGAAGGCAAGUUGGAACGUAAAUCAAAAAGUGGCCAAGUCGUGAGACAAUUUGUUAGGAAAUUCAAGCUACCGGAUGGCUGCAGUCCGAGCACGAUGAAGUCGGAACUAUCGUCGGAUGGAAUAUUAACAAUAACAGCUCCGAGGAAGCCUUACGAUGCGAAUUUACCUCAGGAGACCUUAAUACCAACUUCAUAUUCAGAGCGUCGUACCAACACCGAUGGCCCCUUUAUUCCAGUUGAAGGAUGUGAGUCGAAUAAGGUGUGUAACGAUAAACGAGAAGGGAAAAAAGACAACUGA